GCUUAACUGACAAGAUAUAUUAUAAGACUUAUUUAUGGCUGACCGUAAAUUAUUUUUACAGUUUUCGACUUCAAAUUAUAAAGACCGCUUGAAAGCAGUCCAAGAACCUGAGGGCAGCACUUCCAAAGUGAGAUUCGAAAGUCUUCCAACCUUUGAAUUCGAAAGUGCUUCUAGAGAGUCAGCUGUUGACCGACAAGGUGCUCGUGCCAAAAGUCUAAAAGAUUCGGCAGAUCUUGUGGAUGGCAUAGCAAGGGACGGAGUCCAUAGUGCUGAUAGCUUACAAAAAGACCCUCCUCAAAUGACUGACAGUGAGAAAGCAAAAAAUUUACAGGCAAAACAGGAUCAGCUAUCUACAUCUAGCUUUCUAAAAUCGUCAGUCGCGCCAGAAAGUUCCUCACAAGAGACUGCAGAAUAUGACACAGAAAGUCAGACUGAGGAAGGCAAACUGGAGAAGAAACACAAAGAUAAGAAAUCAGGGAAGCAUAAAGCUUCAAAGAGUAAAGCAGCAAUCGACGAAGAUGGAGAGCAGCAGGUCCCAAAUGAAAAACAGCGUAAAAGCGGUAAAAAACAAGCUAAACGAAUGGCAAAAAUGCGUAAUGUUAUACCAGCCGCCGAACCGGAGAAGCAUGUCAUCAAAACGGAAGAAACCGAACUGACUUUUAAGAAGAGAGAGAAAAAAAAACUUCAGGACCCAGAAUAUGUGAGAGAUUUCGUUUUCCAAAGAAGAAGCAUUGCCGCUAGAGAAAAGAAACCAGAACUUAAGAAGUUUCCUUCUGAAACAUAUGUGUUAAAAGAACCACAUGCACUUGAAAAGAAAUCAACUGAAAAUCUUGAUGAAGAGUUAGAACCAUCUGAGGAAUCUUUGUCUCCACCAUCUGAAGAAAUAAGUCAAGAGAGCUUGUUUACGGAAGAACAAGAAUCCAUACAACAGAAAAAAGCAUCAAUGGCACUUGCCAAAGACUUUGAAAGAGCAUCAACGAAGCAAAAGAUAUUUGUGAAACUGGAUUCUUAUGCCAUAAAUCCUGACCGUUUCCAGAAAUCCUUGCUGAAACUAAAAGUGAAUCACAUUUUUGAUACACUUCAAACUCUUAAACCACAAGAACCAAAACCAGAAGAUGUCUCUGAAUUUAUUGCCACUCAACAUGAAGACGGAAAAAUUAAUGCAGAAGAAUAUGAAGCUUUGAAAGAAACAGUUGAAGAAUCUUAUGAAGUUCCUCCCAAGGUGGAACCAGAAGUGACCCCAAAACCAGUGGUCAAACCUGUGGACAAGCAAGUGAAGUUGAAGGUGGUGGAGAAAGCAAAAGUUUUACCGAAGAAAGUGAAAGCCAGAAAACAUGCCAAGAGAAUGGUUGGAAAACCAAGAUCUAAAAUUGAGAAGAAGAAGAUUCCUGCAAUACCUUCUGAUGAAAUUAGAAGAAAAUUUAAUUGGGUUGCAGACCAAAUGAGACUUCUUAAUGAACUCCGCAUCAUUCAUGAAUUAACAGAACCUUUCAUUUUCUCCUACUAUGUAAAUUGGCCAGUGAUGUCAGAUUUUGCCAGCAACAAGAAGAAACUCAAGAAAGAAGUUUUAUAAUAGACAAUAAAUCUGAAAAUAAAAAAACUUUCAUGGACAAAAAGUAUUGUGAAAU